CAGAGCUAGUGUCAAGACACUUAAAACAAUGUAUACAAAUUUGCUUGAUCUUAUUCCGUCUGAAUUGAUACCAUCUAUUACAAAGAAUCUUCCGAUCCAAGAUCUUAAAAAUUGCUGUAGUCUAGAUAAUAUAUGGAAAACCGAAGUGAUUAGAGAAAUUCGCAAAAGAUUAAUAGUGGACUGUACAUUCAUUGAUAGUAAAACAACUGUUAAAGCACUUAUCAAUCCCAAAUCCCAGUAUAACAGUAUCAGUAAAGCACUUGCCAAAAAAAUGGACUUAUAUAUUUCUAGAGAUUGGGGAUCACGAUAUCCUGCAGUGGAAAAACUUGGUGUUGGCACAACAAAUGCUGGCAAGAAGGUAAUGGUGAGAGUCAUUGACAAACCCGAAUAUGACUUAGUUUUGGGAAGUACGUGGCUAACGAGAUUGGGUGACAGGAUUGAUGAGCGUGAUGGAAAAUACUGGGAGACUAAUGAGGAAAAAAGGAUAUAUUACGCAAGAAAUAACAUUGAUAUAGUAUCCCCUUCAUUAUAUACAUUCUACGAAUUAUUAUUUCCUAAAUUUACCACAAUUAAUUCAGAUGGAGAAGUUAUAUUAAUCGAGUUUUCUGAUCAAAAUACUAGCAUGAUUAUGUUAAACAUUUUUCCCAGAUUUGAAUCGAGUAAAUCAUUCACAGUCUUAGGAUGCGAACAUACAUACCAUAGAAUCUGUAUUGAGAAGAAACUCCUACUUACAAAACCAAAUGGUUGCCCCUUUAUCAACUGUGGAAAAAGUGUCGAGACUAUUACCGAAGCUAGUACAGCCGAAACGGAGCCUAGACGCGAUUCAGAAUUCAGCACUUCGUCAUUAGUUGGAAAGAUGGGAAACCAACUUAAUAUCCAGUCUCAAGAAAUUAUUGAUGAAGAAAUGACAGAUGCGGAUAAUCGGGGAAAUAAAGAUAAUAGUGGAGCUAGUGCCAAGGCACAUAAUUCGAAAGGUAAAGGUACUGAUAUGAUGGAAGGAUCCAAUAAAAGACCUAUUGAAGUUGACACCGAAGAGAUGAAUACCGCACAAGAUAAAUCAUCCAAUAAGAAAGCUAAAACCAAGAAAGACGAAUCAUCUAUAUUAAAAAAACUUAUCAAAGAUUUAACUACUAAUGUGUUCACCAGAGUCAACGAAAAAUUGGAAACCACUAAUACAGACGCCACCACCUUUUUACAACUCUCUAAUAAUAUCGACUUAGCUGAAAUAAAAAAUGAAGAUGCAACUCGAAAUGUUAUCACUAGAUAUUUUGAUUUUGGCGAAUCUUUAUAUAAACGAUACAAGGAGUUAAAACCCAAUAAUGGAAAAAUAAAAGCAACCGCUAUGGUUAGAGUCGAGAUCAGAAAAGAAAUUCCAGAAUCGAAACUUAGUAAUGAGGCUUUGCGAAAGAGGAAGGAAAGAGCUGAAAAGGUAUAUAAGCUUUUUAUGGGUACUGGAGAUAAUAUUGAUCAAGUGAUUGUUGGGGUUUUAAAUGUAAAAUGA